AUGGUAGCAAAGGCGGGUGAAAAUUGUACGACUGUGACAGAGCUCAUGCUUCUUGGAUUGUCAGACAGCCCUGAGCUGACAGACUUCCUCUUCUUCAUGUUCCUUCUCGUCUACGGAGUCACAGUUUUGGCCAACCUGGGCAUGAUCGCACUGAUUCAUCUCAGCUCUCAGCUUCGUACUCCCAUGUACUUCUUCCUUAGCCACUUGUCAUUUGUAGAUUUCUGUUACUCCACAGUAAUUGUUCCAAAGAUGUUGGCUGAUAUGUUACACAAGGAAAAGGCCAUCUCCUUCCUGUGGUGCAUGGUGCAAUUUUUCUUCUUUUGUACAUUUGUGGUCACUGAGGUCUUUUUGUUGGCAGUUAUGGCCUAUGACCGCUUCUUGGCCAUCUGUAAUCCACUACUUUAUAUGACCAUCAUGUCCCAAAAGCUUCGUAUUGAGCUGGUUUGUGUUUGCUAUCUCUGUGGAACAGUGCAUUCUUUGAUUCAUUUGUGUUUAGCUCUUGAAAUCCCAUCCUAUAAAUCAAAUGUGGUUGAUCAUUUCUUUUGUGAUCUACCACCUGUCUUUUCUCUUGCCUGUUCUGAUGUGUCUGUUAAUAAACUCAUGGCAUUUGUUUUGCCCACUAUCAAUGAGUUCCUUACAAUGGUGAUCAUCUUCACCUCCUACCUGUUUAUUCUCAUCACCAUCUUGAGGAUGCGUUCUACAAAAGGAAAGCACAAAGCUUUCUCCACCUGUGCCUCCCACCUCACAGCCAUCUUUGUCUUCCAUGGAACAAUCCUCUUUAUUUAUUGUAGGCCUAGUGUAGGCAAUAGUCGGGAUGCUGACAAAGUAGCCACAGUGUUUUACACUGUAGUGAUUCCCAUGAUGAAUCCCCUCAUCUACAGCCUGAGGAACAAAGAUGUGAAAGAUGCCCUAAAGAAAAUGAGGAGAUCUAAAUCAUAUUCUGAGGAGCCACUUUCUUAG